AUGUCUCAAGUUCAAAGUUCCGGAUUAGCAGAUCUUGAGAAAGAGCUGAUUUGUACCGAGCUUCUCUACCAACCCCUCACUCUUCUCGACUGCCUCCACACUUACUGCGGCUCCUGCGUGAAAGAAUGGUUCUCCGCACAAGGAUCGCGGCGUGCGCCCACCUCACCUCGAUUUACCUGUCCAUCUUGUCGCGCUGAAGUGCGCGACACGCGCCCGAAUGCCACCGUGACCACCCUGCUGGACAUGGUCCUAGGCGCGCACCCGGAUCGUGCCAGAUCGACCGAUGAAAAGGUGGAAAUCGCUACUCGAUACACUCAUGGCGAGUCAGUUUUUCCGGCAUUACCUGCGGACGGGGAAAGUGUGGAGAGGGAUCUUGAGGAGGAUAAUCGACUUUUGGACGAUGUGCGCCAGCUGAGUAUGCGUGAAAGUCGAGCUCGAGCACGUCGUGAGGCCCGUCGGACAGCGCAUUCUUCGCGGACGCGCGACCGGAGCAAUACCGAAAGAGCCGGGGAGGAAAGUCGCUCAAGCCGCCGAAGGGACGAUGAUACGAUACGACAGCAACGUACACUACGGCCUGAUGACUCGGACCGAACCCGGCGGGUCGAGCACCAAUCUAGCUUACGGUCAUUACUGAGUUUAUCAUCAGAUGUGGAAACUAUGGAGGAGGAGAUCUUGCGACAAAUUCUCGAGGACGGAUUACUGGACGACAUCAACCUCGAUAACUUGGGGCCGAGGCAAGAAGAGGAACUCAGUGAACGCAUAGCAGAUGCUUAUCGACGGAGGCAUAUGCAAAGAUCACAACCAAAUCAGCGACAAGAACAAAGACGAGAACAACGACAACAGCCUGAGGCAACGGCGCGCGCACAUGCGAGAUCAGAAUCCGCCCCAAGAGCCUCGGAACCGACAACAGCUCCUCGGGAACAGCCUGACAACAGACCACCAAUUUCCAGACCCCAUUUAUUCAAUUCAACCCCCACGCGACCGAGCAUUUUAGGCCAUCGAAGGCGCAACUCGGAGCAAGGAGGUGAACGCCGACGAACCUCGCCUGUCCGCACAAACCAGGCAUCUGUGUCAGAUGAAGCCAUCAGACCUGCUGCUCGAUCCUCAAGCGAUAUGACCUCCGAUCGGCGCAUUUCCCAGGCCGGGCGGGUACGAUCAGAAUCCUCCUCAGCUCGGCCGCGACGUGCCACGGAAUCAGAACAGAACGUUUCUAGCACGUGGAUGGCUGGGGGACGAGAGCGAAGCUCUUCCAGAAAUGUUACCAACCAGUCAGCCACCAAUUCCUCUGCAUCUGUUGCUACGGCCCCAAUUUCAUCCCGUCGUUCGACUCCCACGGACCAAAUUACUUCGUCCUUGUCUUCGCCCCUUGUCCCUGGCCGGUCAGACAGACGAACAAGAUCAUCUUCGGCCCGAUCGAAUGUCCCUUCCUCUGCCGCUGUACAUUAUCCCGAACCGUCAAUAUCCUGUGAUCGCUGCGGAAAUAGUAACAUCCAGUAUGAUCUACACAAAAAUUGCGCGAGUUGCAAAGACGGAGACUUCCACUUGUGCCUCCGGUGUUACCGCCUGGGACGUGGCUGUCUCCGGUGGAAUGGAUUUGGCGUAUCUGCACACGCGAGCUUCCAACGGAUCAUAUCUUCCUCCAAUCGCCGCCCUGCGCAAAUCAUUGACUCUGGUCAUGUCUUGAUGUGGCAGAAAUACCAACGUCCCUCAGAAACUGCCCAUCAAACGAUGAGUGGGGAAAGACAAAUGACUAGCGAUAAUCCUGUCCGCCGUUUAGAAAGCGGUCUUUUCUGCGAUAUGUGCCAUUCACCUACAAACGAUUGUUUUUGGAAAUGCAACAUGUGUAAUGAGGGAGAUUGGGGUUUCUGUAACUCCUGUGUUAACCAAGGACGGUGCUGCACCCACGCCUUAUUACCCAUUCGGCGCAUCGUUCAUACUCCACCUGCAUCAGCAUCAUCUACCACACCAGCAAUGGCUGAAUCGCUUCCCGCACCCUCCGUUAUCGAGAGCUUCAAAAUCCUCUCAUUCUCAACGAACUGCGACAUCUGCACCUACCCAAUCCCAGCCUCAAAUACUCGCUACCACUGCUCCGAAUGCAAUAGCGGCGACUAUGACGUCUGCACGAACUGUUAUCUCAAACUCGUGGCAACCGGCAAAAUUAGCAAAGAGAACGGUCACAACGGCUGGCGUCGCUGCGUUAAUGGCCACCGCAUGAUAACAGUCGGCUUUGAAGAUCACGAAGAAGGCCAGCGUCGCGUCAUUGUCCGCGAUCUUGUCGGCGGUCGCGCCUUGAAAGAUGAGCACGUAGCCCAAUCCCAGUACCCUACUUCCUCCCCAGCAACCGGCGGGCCAGUCGCCUCUCCAGAGCUAGGCACCGGCGACUGGAGCUGGAAGGAUGGCCCCGAACGCCGGAAGAAAGCAUCCCGUCUCCGCGGCGGUCCUAUUCCCUUGAAUAGUAACGGUGGAAGUAUUGUCUGUGCUCCCGACCCUUCAAGUCCAGCUGUUUCCGGGGUCACCGCUAGUCAGAUUCAGGGCAAUCUGCCCUUCCGUCGCUUCCCGCCUGAUGGGGGUGUCGGCCUUAUUGUCCGCGCUCUAUGGGCCUGGUACCCCGAAGAAGAGGUCGAGGACGAGCUAGUCUUUCCACGCGGCGCGCAGAUCAACGAGGCAGAGAAUAUCAACGAUGAUUGGUUCUGGGGAUGCUAUGCUGGCCGGACGGGACUGUUCCCUGGUUCGCAUGUCGAACUUGUAAGGGAGGUUGUUCAUAGGUAA